AGACUCCCCUGCGAAAGACUUCAUCUCCUGUGCAAUACGUGUCCCGUGGUAAUCUCAAAGCAGAUAACUCCCUCAAACCCUCCUAACGAUACAACCUAACGUCCUGACGUCGUUAGCGGAGAAGACGAACGGACGCGGUGCGGCUGCGGGGAGAUGGACGAACGCGGCGUGGGAGAUGAACCGGUGCUCAUGGGUGAGGUGCAGCAAGUGGGUGAAUCAAACCCCACACUCAGCGAAGCCAGCCAAAGAACCGGUUUUACGUUCAACUCUGUUGGUCAUCAUGCUAUGGGUGAAAGCUCAAAUUGCAAUCUUGAGGGUCAUAAUGUAGUGUUCAGAUCAGAUCGUGAGAAAUCUGAACAAGUUACUCAAUCAAAUAUAAAGGCUACCAAUCAGAAUGCUCCUUGCGAGCAAGUGCCGAAGGUUGGCAUGACCUUUCAAUCUGAGGAUGAUGCAUACAAUUUCUACAAUUCAUAUGCUAGAAGAGUGGGAUUUAGUGUACGAAAGUGCCACGUUAACUACAGAGCAGAUGGCACUUUAUCAUCCAAGUACAUGGUUUGCAGUAAUGAAGGUCACAAGAACAGUAAUCCAACACACCAGCCAAAGAAAUAACGUGCUUGUACAAAAACAGAUUGCAAGGCUCGUGUUCAGUUCUUUAUUUCCUAGGAAGGUAUUUGGAAGCUGCAGAAAAUCGAAUUGGCACACAAUUACCCUUUUGUAAGUCCUGACAAGUCACACAUGCUUAGAUCACAACGGCGUAUGUCAAAUGCCGAUGAGCAUAUAAUUAGCAUGAUGCAACAAGCAGGAGUUAAGCUAGCUGAGAUAUUUGAUUUUUUUCAACGGUGGUUAGGUGGAGAUGAAAAUGUGCCAUUCUUACAAAUGGAUUGCAAUAACUUUAUUGGUCGAGAGCGCAAAAAGUAUUUAGAAACACAAGAUGCACAAACAUUAUUGGAGUACUUGGAUAACAAACAAGCAGAAGACCCUUCUUUCUUUUAUUCUGUGCAGUUGGACAAAGAGGAUGGUCGAAUUUGUAAUUUCUUCUGGACAGAUGGUCAGGCCAUUGCAGAUUAUGCUUGUUUUGGGGAUGUUCUCUCCAUUGACACAACAUUUCAAACAAACAAGUCUGAAAUGCCAUUUACUCCUAUUAUUGGAGCAAAUCAUCAUAGGCAAACUAUUAUUUUUGGAGCUGCAUUAUUAUUCGAUGAAAGUGCUGAUUCAUUUGUUUGGCUAUUUAGAAACUUUUUGAAGGCAAUGUCGGGGAAGCAACCUGAAACAAUUUUCACAGAUCAGUGUGCUGCAAUGGCAAAGGCGAUUAUGAUUGUAUUCCUAAACUCAAGUCACUGUCUUUGCCUAUGGCAUAUAUACCAAAAUGCUGCAAAGCAUCUAAGCCAUGUAAUCUCCAAUAAUCCUAAUUUUCUUCAUGACUUUAAAAGAUGUGUGUAUGAAGAAAGGUCAGUGGCACACUUUAACUUCAAUUGGCAAAAGUUGAUAUCUGAUUACCACCUUGAAGACAAUUCUUGGAUACAGAACUUGUAUGAUUUGCGUGAGAAGUGGGCCACAAUACAGAAGGUAGUAACUGUGGAUCACAGUAAGGACGAAACAAGAGUCACCUUUAAUUCAGUUGAUAUGAAUAUAUCAUGUUCUUGCAGGAAGUAUACCUGUCUUGGUAUUUUAUGCAAGCAUGUACUACGGAUCUUCAACCACAACAGUAUUAUUGUUUUACCUCCUCAGUAUAUAUUGAGUAGAUGGACAAAAUAUGCAAAAAGAGGAAUCUUUACAUGCAAGAGAAAAGGCCAAAGCGACAGCUUAGCAUCACAAAGUACAUAUCUUUGCCGAAAAAUGAUAUCUGUUACACUAAAAUGUGGAGUUUCCAAUGAAGUCCUCCAACACUUGGAUCAUGGUUUUGAUAAACUGACCAUAGAAGUAGAAAAUUUACUAAGCAAGGUCAAUCUAGAUGAAAAUGAAGCUCCACAAUGUUUUCUUGAGUGCACAGAAGAAGUUGCAAAAGAGCGCAUAUCAAUUAGAGCUCCUCCUCACAAAAAAGGUCCAUUGCAAAAAAGAUCUAGAAGUUUGCUUGACAGAGGAAAGAAAACAACAAACAAAGGAGAAGAAACCACACAGCCAUCAAACAUAAAUAUAGCUGGAGCUUCGCAGCCAACUGUUCAGGAACCACUUGACUCAAAUAUUGUGAUGCCAUUUGGUGACAUUUCGAGGAUGUUCGUUCCGCCAAUUCGAGGAGAAUUCACAAAUCUAUUAUUUCAAGCUCAUCAUGAAACUACUGCAGCAGCAUCAGCUUCUUGGCGUUUAGAGUUUGAAAAUCAAGACCCCAAUUCAUCGACAUCUUAUGACUGAUGUUAGAAUCAUUUUGACUUUGUCAGAGACACGAGCAUCAAAAUCUUUCCACUUUGUCAGAGACACGAGUAUCAAAAUCAACUUUUCAAGUUCUGUUGUCUUGUUAUUUUGGGUUUUUGCAUAUGGAUAUUAAGACAUCUUCUAAUCUGAUGAAAUUCUGUGCUGCUUCACUGUUGGAGCUUGUUAUCUUAAUUCCCAAUUUAUAUAAUCGCCAAUAGUCAAGUUUGUUACCGGAGCUUCAAUAGCAGAGCUCUGUAAUUAAUUUAUCUAAUCACCAUACGAGCUCACUAUAUGUAUGAUGCUGAAGAUGCCACUAUCAGGAGUCAUGGCCGUAUCAUCUCAUGCCGCCGGCGCAGCCGCGGCAACGCCACAAACUCGCCGUCCCUCACGCAUCGCUGGCGUGGGAGUUUCAGCCUCACGUUCCUGCCCUAGCUACCGCAAGGCCGCUGCUGCCGCAGCCGGGGCUUUCGCCGCCGCCACCACUUCAUCAGGAAUCACCGGCGCGCCCGGGUCGCCAACACUCCAUCUCCCUGCAGCCGCGCCGUGCCGCGCCGGUUCGUCUUCUCUGCUAACGACGUCAGGACGUUAGGUUGUAUCGU